CCCCUCCACUUCGGUGACUGCUCGCCCGGCGGCAGGGCCGGAGUCGUCGCAGCCACCUCAUUGCACAACCCGGCUUCCCAACUGUUUACACAGCCCGGCCUGUGAGUGUGUGUGUAUACAGCGUGAGUCACCGGGAGGCGGAGGAGGUGGAGGAAAAGGAGAAGGAGGAGUGCACUGGCCGGGAUCGGUGCGGCGCACACACUCACUCACACUCAGUCACUCUCUCCGAGAGCGUCUCGCUCGCGCACACUCACGCCGGGAGCCCAAGAGCGCGCCGGAUUCCGAGCGCCGCGGAAAAGUUGCUUUGGCUUUCGCUACGAGACUUCUUGCUCUGGGAAGUGUGUUUGCUCCGUGGCUCCAGCGAGCCUGCGGAAUCCUGUGCUCGCCGCUCUGAACCUCGGGAAGGCCGGCCGCCUCUCCCUCCCCGACUGUCGGCAGCUUCGACAACAAUAGCGGCGGCUGCCGCCGUUCUGCGAGGCGCCGGGAGCAGGUACCCGCGAGGAUCCGGAGACUGGAGCCGGCCUCCGCGCCGCUGACGCGCUGCCAGCGUGAUCCCCGCGUGCACCAGGAGCGGCUCCAGCUUUGCCCCUAGUGGGGGCAGAACCAAGCUCCGUCUGCAAACUCCAUCCCCCGGGCUGGAGUAAGUCGCGGCGCCCGUCGCGCCUUUCCGGGCGGAUCCGAGGACUUAUAAAGCAGGGGCCGCCCCGGCCCGGGUCGGGAUGCGGGUCGGUCCCGUGCGCUCUGCCAUGAACGGCGUCUCGCAGCCCCGCACUCCGGCCUUGUUGCUCGCCGCCGGCCGGGGCACCCCGGCCAAACGCCUGCUGGACGCGGACGACGCGGCGGCCGUGGCGGCCAAGUGCCCACGUCUCUCCGAGUGUUCGAGCCCCCCGGACUACCUCAGCCCCCCUGGCUCUCCCUGCAGCCCGCAGCCUCCGCCCGCCGCUCCAGGGGCCGGCGGCGGCUCCGGGAGCGCGCCGGGGCCCAGCCGCAUCGCUGACUACCUGCUGCUACCCCUGGCUGAGCGCGAGCAUGUGUCCCGGGCACUGUGCAUCCACACCGGCCGCGAGCUGCGCUGCAAGGUGUUUCCCAUUAAACACUACCAGGACAAAAUCCGGCCUUACAUCCAGCUGCCAUCACAUAGGAAUAUCACGGGCAUCGUGGAGGUGAUCCUUGGGGAAACAAAGGCCUACGUCUUCUUUGAGAGGGACUUUGGGGACAUGCACUCCUAUGUGCGCAGCCGGAAGAGGUUGCGGGAAGAGGAGGCCGCCCGGCUCUUCAAGCAGAUUGUCUCUGCCGUCGCCCACUGCCACCAGUCAGCCAUUGUGCUGGGGGACCUGAAGCUUAGGAAGUUUGUCUUCUCCACCGAAGAGAGAACCCAGCUCAGACUGGAAAGUCUUGAAGAUACACACAUAAUCAAGGGAGAAGAUGAUGCUUUGUCAGACAAACACGGCUGCCCAGCCUAUGUGAGCCCUGAGAUUCUGAACACCACGGGGACCUACUCCGGAAAGGCAGCGGACGUUUGGAGCCUUGGGGUGAUGCUCUACACCCUUUUGGUGGGGCGCUACCCCUUCCAUGACUCAGACCCCAGUGCCCUUUUCUCCAAAAUCCGACGUGGACAGUUCUGCAUUCCUGACCACAUUUCUCCCAAAGCCAGGUGCCUCAUUCGCAGCCUCCUGAGACGGGAGCCUUCGGAGAGACUCACUGCCCCAGAGAUCUUACUCCAUCCCUGGUUUGAGUCUGUCUUGGAACCUGGGUACGUCGACUCAGAAGUAGGAACUUCCGACCAGAUUGUUCCAGAGUACCAGGAGGACAGUGACAUCAGUUCCUUCUUCUGCUAAUCCCCAAACCUCAGAAACCUCAUAAUUCUCACACAUGGCAUUUUCCAUUUCUAAAGAUGGACAGGCCUUUCGGCGUGAGGCCAACCAGACAGGUGAUGGCGUGGAGACUGUGGGUGCUGAAUUCAGCAUGGCGCCCCUUCUUUCUCACCUUCCGGAUGCGUGACUGAGGAGGUGAGCAGCGUACACUCUGAUUGGCUGCCCUACAGAGUUGUUUUCCUCAGUGAACCUUCGCCAACUAUCCCUUUGUUGGAUUUGGGGGGUUCCACCUCUUUUCUGGGUGGCACGGAGUAUGAAUAUCCUGCAGCGUGUGAUGGAGUGAAAUGAACUUGAACACUCUAAAGGGAGAGGAAAUGAAUCACACAAUGGCAUUUUGGGCAAUAACUAUAUUUUUAACAGGGUGACAGAUUACCUGGGCCAAUAAACCUGCCAUCUUCAAACUGGUCCUUGGUAGCCAGGCUUUCGCUACCCCCAGCUUCUCUGAUUGGAAAAUUGUUUUUUCCUGGUUUGGUUUAACACUCGCCCUUUCUUCAUGUUUUUGGAGCAGACUGUUUUCAGGGGCAUAGAAACUUGCCUGAACCAUGAACCCAGAAUCAUCUCUCCUCUGUGUCCUGCCAAGACCCCAUUUGCACUAAAGCCUUCUUUCUGACCUUGAAAUGAGCCCCUUCCCCUUUCACUAUAAAAGCACUUACCAGCUAAUGGUGGAAGAGUAUCACAAAAGAUUCAAGCUCCUGGCUGUUUCAGAACUCUGAGCUCAGACAGAGAGACUGGAGACUUUUAAAAAGAAUUUGAGCACUUGGAAACCAUUAGCUGUUUUGGUUCCCCUCAAAUAUGUUAGCAUUUAUCCUUUCCUUUUUUCCCCCAAGACCAUCUCAGGGUGGAGCAUUUUGUCUAGGAGGAGAAAGAAAAGAAGAUUCCUCUCUCCCAAGAGCAAGUUUUUGUGCUUCAGAGAAAGUAAAUUUUGGAUAGUCUUAGACGGCUCUCAGACUAACUUCCAGAAUUAGUCUUUAACCACCCCCAUGGGUCUGGUCUGCAGUUUUGCAUGACAGGUUGUUAAUAUUUCAUCUGUGGUGUGGUUUAUGAAUGCAUCUGUUUCAUCGGUAUAUGGAGUGAAAUAGCAAGCCCCAAAUCUUUAAGGUCGGAAGGGACUUUAAAAGGCAUCUAGUCCAACUUCUUUCCUUUCUCUACCACCUCCCAAUGUAGAAAUCCCCGUACCCCACCGUACCCCCCAAAUUCUUUCACAGGUGGGACUCCAGCCUCUGUUUGAAUGCUUCCAGAGAUGGGAACUCACUACCUACGGAAGAUAGAACUUAGAAACUGCCACUUGCAUUAAAAAAACAGAUGAAAUAUCAGUAAAUGUCUCAGACAGUACUGAAAUCCGGUGGUUAAACGGGUAAACCAAACAUACUGUAUUCUGAGAAAUGGCACAAAAGCAGGCAGUCACCUUUAAGGGCUACGCCUUAGGCAAACUACUAACAUGCAUUGUGAGAAUACCGUGUAUACCUCACGUACUGUGUGCUCUGUACAUACAACGUACCUUUUCUACAUUCAAUGUCGUUUUCACUCUGACACUUGUUCGUCGUUCUGUGUCUGUCUGAAUAACCUGCGUGUCUAAGACCACGUGAAAUGUGAAUGAUCAUUGGCAAUAUUACCUUGACAGAAUCAUGGGACUUGGAGAAGGAGGACAGAGACCUCUGUCGCACUAACGCUCUCGUGGUUGCUUGAAUGUUGUAUCUGUGAUACAUGACCCGGCUAAGGACUCUGGGUUUGCUGGGGCUUGGAAACACUAGACCCUUCCUGUACAUGUGUAUAUAUGUUGAGACGGCCAUUUCUGACUUGUAGAGAGAUUUUAAUAAAUCUGGUUUCGUAAAUA